AACAAUACCUUGGGCCUUUUGACCUGGCAAAUACCUCAACCCACAACAACACUGAAGACCCUCGCGUGGAAGAAGCCAGAUAUGUCGCCUACGGCAUUAUCGCCCCCAUUAUCAUCUCGGUGGGGUUGGUGGGCAACCUUCUCACGAUCAUCAUCCUGAGACUGCCACAGUUCAGAGGUGUGACGUACACAUAUUUUCUGGCUCUGGCCAUCAGUGACUUCCUCUCCCUGACCAUCAGUAUUUCUUUGCUUCAUCAUCUCCUGGUGGAAGCUACACCACUCUACUCCACGGCUGUUUGGUGGUCCUACUGUGAGAUUCUCUUUGAUAACAUUCCCUUGAGCACCUCAGUUGUUAUUGUUGCUUGUAUUGCCAUAGACAGAUUUUUUUCCGUUUGUCGACCAACGGACUUUAAACGGAUCCAUACAAGCCGCUAUGCUCGAGCGGGCAUCCUUGGAUCUGUAAUCCUUGCUGUUGUAAUAUGGUUGCCCGUUUGUGCUCUUAAGGAACCAAAACUGUAUAAUGAAUGUGAAACUUCAUCAUUUGUGCCACCUGACAACCGGACAUGGUGGGUCGCUUGUAUGAAGAUAGACAUACGGAACAGCUUCUAUUUUAUUGCCUACCAAUGGAUCAGGCAGACAAUUGUUACCUUUGUGCCGAUCAUCGUUCUUACAGUAUCAAACACACUUAUUGUUAAAGAAUUUAUACGGCUACGCAAGAGAAAAGAUCAGAUGUCUGGUAGUGAUCAGCUCCAAGACAACCCCGUUACGGAAAGCCGACGUCGAAAUGAUCAGCACCUGGUCUCCCUACUGAUGGCAGUCAUGAUAAGCUUUUUCAUUACACAAGUGCCUUCAGGAGUAUUAGGUGCGCUGUACACUGAUAAUCUUGCAGGACACCUGAAAUUCGAAAUCUUCAGGGCUGUUGCAAACAACUUGGAAUUGCUAAACCAUGCACUCAACUUUUACUUGUAUGUUUUAUGCAGCAAACCUAUACGGGACACCAUAAAAUAUUUCUUCCAUCAACAUAACUGUUUGUCGACAAAUUUUUCAUUCCCUGAAGUUAUGGAAGUCGCACGUCAGCCUACCAAAAAAAGUCCUGACUUUGUAAAAGCACAAGUAACAUCGACAACCAAAGCAAACAUCGUCCGUCAUGAGCAAGAAGUUGGUGGUAGCAAUAAACAUGCUCUGAGAAAAUCUAAGACCGUAUCUAGAGAAACAGAGCCAAGUAAUAUAACUUCAGACAGAGACUCCAGCCCAGAAAAUGUAAUUGGUCUGGAGAUCAGUUCCUGUGCGAAACUUGAGCACUCCUUCAAAAACACCAUCACUGGAUCUACGGAAUCUCCACACCUUGAAAGAAAUACUGUCGACUGUGAGGGUAAGGAUGAAAUCAAGAUCAUUGAACACGAGUACUCGUGUGUGCUUCUUGAUGCGAAACACAACAUUCAUCCUGAUGAUCCAAAACCUCCAUUUCUUGUCACAGAAAUGUGUAUAUCACAGAAAACAAAUGGAAAUAUUUCAAGUGCUAAUACACAAUUGCCGCAGGAGGGAUUGACAGCACAUCUCAACGGCACAUUUGAACUUAGAGAAUGACUAGAAAACGAGCCUGAUUGUGGGUUACCUUGGUUGUGAUAUAAUGAAAUAUGUGACGAAUAUGAUAAAUAAGAAUAACUUUUUAUUUGUAUUUCUAUAACUUAAUGAAAAUCAUUUCGCAUAUGGUAAAAUGUGAAUUGUUUCAUUUAAGACGUGGUUUACAAUCAUGAUAGUCUACUGUAUGCCCAGUUAAAAGUAAAACAAAAAUAUUACCACAAGGGAACCAAGAAGCAAUCUUAGGCCUUGUGAUGUUUCAAACAAAGAGUGCUCCUUCGGUAUAUUUCUUAAAUAGCGGGAGACUCCACCUGCGAUUGCCCGUGCAAUGUGGUCGGAGCAGCAUUUUACAGACUCAAUUGAAAGCACGAGGCUACCAAUAUACCUUAGGACUUCAAUAUACAAAAGAAUACCUCACUAGUCAGGAACCAAAUUCGGGACCUACGUACUGUACUUGUGGUAACGUGUGAUAACGUGGCAGCGAUCCCUGUUGAAAUAUAGAGUCCCGGGUUCGAUUCCUGACUAGUGAGGUUUUGUUUGUAUAUUGAAAU